CCAAAAUCAGAGGACUCCUAAAUUUCAGUUGACAUGUCCAUAAGUGCAUAGAUAUUUCACUGAAACUAGAAUUAUCUCAAUGUUUAGAACUCUCCGCCAGUCUGAAAGGCAAUUGACUGGUGACUCCACAACCCAGAACCCUGCUACAUGUCCAACUGUUGGGGUGUAAUGACCUGGGGCAAACUCAAGGCUCUCACAUUGUUGGACACAAGGAGGAGCAAUACAUUGACUUGACUGAACAUUUUAGCAAAUUGCAUCACAUUUUGGAUAUUAAUAUACUGUAUAUACCUCUCUCACAUCUACAGUAAAACCUAUCUUGCUCACAAGGUGUUAAUAAAGGUUACCAAAAGUGAGAAGUCCAGUGCAUGAUGGGAAUUUGUAGGGAAGGAAGUGGGCAGGUGGGAGACCACAAAAGUGAUGAGAAAUACUGUAAUAAAGCUCAGAAGGAAAAUGUCUCUUGGUUACUGGAAGCUGAUAAUCCUCGCUCUGCUCCCAUACACCGUGUAUACAGGUUCCUGUGGGCCCAUGAGAAAUAUCACUGGGAAAGAGGGAGAAGCAGCAACGUUACAGGUGGAUCCAACAAGAGGCAGAGGGAUUUCUUGGGCUCUUAUUCUUGGUAUGAGUAGGAAUGUAUUUGCCAUAACAAAACCAAACUCAUCUAUCGACAUCAGAGAUCCUCAGUACAAAGGAAGAGUGAAUAGCACCACUGAUGGUUCCUUAAACUUCAUGGAUUUUAUGAUAUAUGACCAAGGGAUCUACUUAUCUGAAGUGUUCUACUCGCACUGCAGUCAGUUCUACAAUCUCAGGGUCUACACAAACGUCCUCCAUCAUUUAGAUAGCUCUUUUUACACUAAUUACCCAAUAUGUAGCUUCACAUUCCCUCACCCAACUAUCAAUCAUUAUUACUUCUCCAACUCUUCAGGCAAGGAUCUAAACCAACCUGGUGAAUACAUCUAUUAUCUCACGGGACUGACGGCUUUAGCCCUGAUAUUGGGCUUCAUAUGGUUCUUUGUGAGAAAGAGUAGGAAGAGGCCGGACUAUGAGGACCAGAAUGUAGUGGAAGAAAUGGGAGCACAGAGCAUCCAGCCCCAGGAGACAGAGAACCAGAGAAAGAAACCCAGAACCCAGAAUGAUGGGAAUGAGCAACAAAACAACCCAGAACCUUUGUAUGAUCCAUUGAUGAGGUCUUUUAUUGACUGA